AUGGUUCUUGACGUCAGGAUAUAUGUCGCCCAUGUUUCGCCAACCCCGCGCCUAGCAGCCCCUGUUGACUCGUGCUCGACAGGGUUCCGCGACGAGAGAAAGCCGAGGUGUCAGCGCUGCAUCGAUGGGGGCUUUGAGUGCCAGUACGGCUCUCGACUGACGUUCUUGGACAAGAAUGCGUUGACCGUAUCGUCGACGUCGGACGCGGGUGAUGCAUCGACGCCGCCGAGAUACUUCAAGCUACAGUUUGUUAACCCGACAUGCCCGAAUCAAACCGCAGAACCUUCAUCACCACCCUCCCCUGUGUCCCAAGACCCUCCAAACCCAUCCAUUACAACAAACUCAACCGACAUUCCCGUCUGUAUAUCGCCCUCGCAGACACCGGCGCCACCAGUCUCAACCUUUCAAAACGACCCUCAACUCUUGGACGCUCCCGUUCUGCAACUCCAGCCCCUAGAGCCACAUUUGGCACCACCCUUUCACCACCCGUCGCCGCGCACGCAAUGGCGAUCCCAGAGCAUCGGCCAUGAGAGCCUCGCAUCGCCAGCGGGCAACUUCCACAUUACGGACAAGCCGCCAGACGGGUCGGCGAACAGCGACGCGGCAUACGAGACCGCGCUCAACGCUUUACUUUCUCUGGGGAACGAGGGCGCAGACUUGGAGUCGCUGCCGAGCCGCGGCUCCGGGUCGUACGCCGCGGCCGGCGAUGGGUUCCGAGUGAGUCCGCAGGAGUUGAUAUCCGCGUCGCCCAACUCGGCCGAGGAGAGGAGGGCACCCGCGGCGACGCUCCCUCUGACGGCGCCCAGCGUUUCUCCAGACCGACUGCUGCAGCUGUUACGCCACUUUACAUACCAGCUCGACUUGUGCGACAUGAGCCAGACGUUCGGCCUCCAUGUGCCCCGACUCGCGAUCGAGAACGAGGGUGUUUUCCAUUUCACUUUUGGCCGUGGCAGCCGUCGCGCAACAGGCGGACAAGGCGGCGUCAGCAUGGGCGACGGCGGUCUGGUACAUUUGGCUCUUUGGACUGCAUGCCAGUUCACCUCGAGCGUCCCGGACGCCUGGCAGGAUCUGCAUGGGAUGAUGGACGACAACUUCUGGAGUGUGGCGCUCGCUGAAGUGACUCCAAAGGCUAUCGCAAUCCUGUCUGUAUUGAUACGGCUCGAGCUUGCGGCGGCACUCGUGACCGGCGCGCCGAUCUCCGUCCCGGAGCGGCUACACUACGACGCCAUGUCCCAGCCGUCGUCAACUUCUGCGCAGGCGGCGGCGGCUCCCGCGCGCACACCGCCGUCGGCCCGGGCGUCCCCCCCGACCCCCGUCCACCGCUGGACGAUGCUCAGCGACGCCCUGGGCGCGUGGUACGCCAACCGGGCCCAGGAGUUCCGGCCCAUGGCCGAGAUGGACGGCGAGGAGAGCCUGUUCCCUGUCGUCCUGUUCACCAACGGCGCCGCCGUCUUCGCGAACCCGCUGUACCACACCGCCAUGCCCCUGCUGCUGCAGAACAAGCCGCGCGUGCUGCUGCUGCAGACGGCGGCGGCGGCGGCGGCGGCCAAGAAGUCGUCGGCCGCGCCGUUGUCGUCGCCGCUGUGGCACGCCCAGAGCGUGUGCGGCAUCGCGCUGAACAACGACCGGCGGGACAGCUGGGACCUCUGCCUGGUCGCGUCGCUGUACCUUGCCGCGCAGAGGAUGACGUACGAGCCGCAGCAGAGGGCCAUCUUGAGGUGUUUCGAGCGCGUCAGGGCGCUGACGGGAUGGCGCGUCGAUGGAUUCUCGGCCAAGGCCCGCGAGGACUGGGGGCUGAUGUAG